UUAAUUAUGUUUCAAAAAUGUGUAAAGCAUAUCGACAUAAUUAUUCCAUAUCAGUCAACUUGUGGCGGGAUCGUAAUAAAGAUCUCCGAAUUAUUUGUGUAAAUAAAUGUUGAUUUUGGCAGAUUAGAAAAGUAAAACACACAAAGCACAAAGAGAGGAUACUAACCCGAAAACUCUAUUUCUAGUUUUAGAGAACGGAUACAAAAUUAUGUUGAUCUUUGUAUAUUACCUCGUGUUUCUCGUUUUAUACCCAGAUUUUGGUCAAUCAAGACAUCUCGAACGGAAGGAAGAAAAACAUUCGCUUCACCAUAGCAUGGGCAAGGCGGAACUAAAAAGAUAUUUUGGGACAACUUUUUUGGACGAAGUUCCAGAAUACGAGAUCACUCAUCCCAUCCUGUCCAAUGAGAAUGGCGAUAUCCAAUCAGACGAGAUUGCAAGACUACAGGCUGAUUCCAACAUUAGACAACGAAGGAAAACACCCGAAGAGACCACUGCCCCAAGAUAUUAUAAAUUAAAAGCGUUCGGCAAAGAUCUUAAGCUGAAGCUGAGAAGAAGUAAGGUUUUGGGUCCACGAUUUGUUGUGGAAGACAGACACAAGAACGAUAUUAAAAGAAUUAGCACUUCAGAGAUGAAUGAGCAUUUUAUUGGCAAUGUUAUUUCCCAUCCUGGAUCACAUGUAUCCCUUAGUGCUGGAAACGGAUUGACAGGAAUGAUAAAACUACCCGAGGAAACAUUUCAUUUGCAACCUCUCACCGAAAAUCUUUCUCAAAGAUUCAAACGCUCUGCUUCGCCCUAUCCACAUAUUUUAGUAAGGGCAAACAAUAAUGAGAAGGCUCUACCAUGUGAUGUCGAAGAUGAUCUUGGUGAUGGGACUGUGGAACAUCGUUCAACAAUUAUUGAUCCACCAAAACUUAAUAAUUCUCACAAAUACCUACAAACAAUUUACGUCGUUGAUCAUCAUCUUAGAGAAGCAUAUGGGCAGUCUACAUUGGAGAAACUACUUCCUACACUUGCUAAUAUGGUCGCAGGACUUUAUAGGGACCACAGUUUUGGUAAAAUAAAAUUGAACUACAUAUUGAACAAGAUUAUUUUCCUGAAUCGAAGCGAGUUAUCGUACCCCAAGAAUGCAACAACUUCCACCAAGCUGAGUCAUAUUCAAAAAUGGGCAGCUGAAAACAAUGCGGAAUAUGAUGAAGAUCCUGAUCAUUUUGACACCGUAACACUUUUGUCGAGGGGUGAGUUAAAAGGCCGAGGUGUACUAGGAUCUAUUUGUACAAGUCGCUCCACUGCGAACGUCGUUAACCUGGGUGGUCUCAAUUCUGCUUCAACAAUUGCACACGAAGUAUUUCACAAUAUUGGUUAUUACCAUGAUGGUUCAGAGAAAUGCCCAAACCAUAAAUACAUUAUGUCGACAGUAGUCUCGUCUGGACCAGCUUCAUAUACCUGGUCAGCAUGUUCUAGGGAUUAUGUGCAGAGCUUUUUGAGUUCCGAAGCAUCACUCUGUUUGGAUGACCCUCCAUUUCCAGGAAUUCAAAGACCAACAGAGCCAUCUGCAGUAGUAAUUCAGUCGUCUAUGCGACUCCCGGGUGUAGUAUACGAUGCUAACAAGCAGUGUGAAUAUGUAUAUUCUUCACUUUAUAAGAACUGUCCAACGAAACAGAACCAAUGUGAGUCCUUGUUCUGUACAGCUGAUAAUAAAGUUUGCCAUACUAAUUAUGCUCCGCCAUUGGAAGGAACUCGGUGUGGUGUGCGACAUUGGUGUAUCAGAGGUGAAUGUGUUGAUGAUGGUUCCAUAUUUGUUGAUGGAAAGUGGGGAGCUUGGUCAAAUUACAGUGAUUGUACAAAAGAUUGUGAUAUUGGUGUAGCACACCAAACAAGGGAGUGUAAUAAUCCAAGUCCUCAGAACGGUGGACAAAAUUGCGAAGGAAAUGUCCGUGGUAACCACAAGACAUGCAACACACAGGAGUGCCCAGAAGACGAAGUUUCAUUCCGUCAAAAGCAAUGUUCAGCGAAAGGAAAAUACUCAGAAUAUAUCGUUCGUAGUGAUCCUUGUUCAUUGGUGUGCAGAACAGGCUCAAGUAUUUAUUGGAUGGGCACAACAAUAGAUGGAACAAAAUGUUCUAACCAGAAGGGAAACCUAGAUGUUUGUAUUGAAGGUCAUUGUAAGGAUGUAGGAUGUGAUUACAAUCUUGGUAGCGGAAGAAGAUUGGAUCGUUGUAAAGUGUGUGGAGGGGAUGGCAGCUCAUGUGCACUGAAUAUUUUCAACUACACCAAAGCUUAUCGCGGAUAUGGGUAUGAGAAAGCAGAUGUAAUGGUGACAUUACCAGUACAUUCAACGAACGUGGUUGCAGUACAGAAAGAUAUAUCCUACAAUAUGAUAGGAAUCCAAAACAUAGAAGGUGAAUACAUGAUUCAACCUCCCUCGUGGAGUAAAACAAUCGAAGCAGCCGGCACCACCAUUACAUACAUCCACGAAGAUAAUAAAUAUGCAGAUAGGAUAUAUAUACCUGGACCAAUAAAAUACGAGUUGAAUCUGGUGUUCAUCUUUCUUUAUGAAGCGAACCAAUUAGGUGUGGAUAUCUCUUACUAUGCCCCCACUGUAGGACUUACUUCGAACGUAACCGAUUUUGAAUGGACAGUUUCUGUUUGGUCAACUUGUUCACGAUCUUGUGCUGGAGGGUUGAGCGUAAGAAGUGUUCGAUGUGUUCGCAAAGACGAUAAAACAGACGUUGGCUACGAAAACUGUGAUGGAAUAACCACGCCUGCUGCUAUACAAUCUUGCAAUACACAGCCAUGUCCACCCGAAUGGUAUAUCUCUGCCUGGGAAACUUGUUCCUUGUCGUGUGGGAAAGGCUUUCAGCAAAGAAGUGUGGUUUGUCGUCAGAAAAUGGCCGAAAAUGAUUGGAGAACAGUCAGUAAUGAAACAUUGUGUCUGGAGACCAAGCCUGUUGUCUCGCCAACGGAGAGAAACUGCAAUAAAAUCAAUUGUCCACCAGAAUAUGUCGCAGGACAAUGGUCUAAGUGUUCCACAACAUGCAGUCCUGGAGUCAUGACAAGAAAACUGAGUUGUCAAAGAAGAACAGCCACUGGUACAACUGAACUACUUCCUGAGUUACGGUGUCAAGAAUACGGAUCAAUGAAAUUAUCCACCACACAAGAAUGUAAUACUGAUUCCCCUUGUGAACCACCGCCACAAUAUGAAAUCGGCUGUUUUCAACUCGAUGAAGAAAUCUUCCCCAGUAUAUUGGCAAACUUCAAGGAAACCUUAGAUUAUGAGAACAUCCUCGAGACUGCUCGUUCCUGUGCUAAAUUAGCAUUUCAUCAAAACAAGAGAUACUUUGGUCUGGCAAACGAGGGAGAAUGUCGUGUUGGACCUGAUGAUGUUCAGGCAAACAUUUUUAAGCCCAAAACAUCAAGUCAGUGUUCAUCAUCUGUAGGGAAAACCGGUGCUAUAUACCUCUACACCCUGGAUCAAAUGCCUAGUUUCACUCCGAUGGGAUGCUAUGAAGAUAGCUAUUACGAGCGAGCCAUGCCGGUGCUCUACAAGAAUUUCCGGGAUCAGAUAAACUGGUAUCUCAUGGAGAGAACUGUCAAUCAGUGUGCUCGGGUGGCCUAUCAUAGUGGCUACGAAUACUUUGGAGUGCAGUUCUAUGGCGAGUGUUGGUCUGGAGUUACAGCAAAUGAAACAUACGACAAAUAUGGUGAAAGCGACUCGUGCUGGAAGGGGGUUGGCAAACACUUCGCAAACUUCGUGUACAAAUUGAAUUAAACAAAUGUUGUUACCAUUCACGUAAAAAUAUUCUGGCUGUAAACAGCAAUAAAAUUAUUCAGUGUGUUCAAAAUAAUAAAACUAUAGCUAUACCUCAAAUGAUCAAAUCGUAAAAUCGUAUGCUUUGUACUGCCAGAUUUUGUCAAAACUUCAUUGCAGUCAACAAUCUCUUGGAAACACUACAUAAACAUGCAUGCAAUUCUCAAGCAGUAUU